AUAGUAAAGCAUAUUUUUUUUGUGCACUUGCAGGAACACAGUGUAUAAAUUAUCUAAGCAACCAUGCUGGCUGCAAGGCUAGUAUGCUUGAGGGCAUUAUCAUGUCAGACUAUCCGCCCCACCAUCACUCAGGCUUCCCCAGCUCUGAGGAACUCCAAUAUAAAAGCAUACCGGCUGUGGCAGCCUAACCAGUGUUAUGCUACCAGAGUAAGAACGGGUGUAAGGCGUGGAAAAAUUGGCCAGGAAAUCAAAGAAGCGGCAUUUGAACCAUCUGCAGAAACGGCACUUAAAGUUGAUCGCCUGGGGAAAUUUAUUGUUGCUGGAGGGGCUGCUGUUGGCCUGGGGGCCCUCUGUUACUAUGGAAUGGGCAUGUCCAGUGAGAUUGGAGCUAUUGAAAGAGCUGUUAUUUGGCCACAGUAUGUGAAAGACAGAAUUCACACUACUUACAUGUACUUCGCGGGAAGCAUUGGCUUGACGGCACUGUCUGCUGUAGCAGUAAGCAGAUCUCCAGCACUCAUGAGCCUUAUGACAAGAGGCUCCUGGCUGGCAAUAGGUGCAACUUUUGCAGCUAUGAUUGGUGCUGGAAUGUUGGUCAGGUCCAUAUCCUAUGAAAAUAGUCCAGCGGCUAAACAUUUGGCUUGGAUGAUGCAUUCAGGUGUCAUGGGUGCAGUGGUGGCUCCUCUAGCCUUCUUGGGUGGUCCUUUGCUGAUCAGAGCUGCCUGGUACACCGCUGGAAUCGUCGGAGGGCUCUCAACUGUGGCCAUGUGUGCUCCAAGUGAAAAAUUUCUGAACAUGGGAGGACCACUUGGAAUAGGCUUAGGCUUUGUUCUCGCCUCUUCAAUUGGAUCCAUGUUCCUGCCUCCUACUUCUGCUUUUGGUGCCGGCUUGUAUUCGGUAGCUGUUUAUGGUGGAUUGGUACUCUUUGGCAUGUUCCUGCUCUACGAUACGCAGCAUGUUAUCAAGCGUGCAGAAACUAUUCCGUAUUAUGGAGUAACAAAAUAUGAUCCAAUCAAUGCGUGCAUGGGUAUCUACACAGAUACGCUGAACAUCUUCAUUCGGGUGGCCACCAUGCUUGCAGGUGGUGGAGGUGGCAGGAGAAAGUAAACCGGGGCUCCUCUUUGCAGCUGACAGCCUGCCUAGUGCACAUACUAAACAAAUUCAUGGUUACAAGCAGUUUUGCUGCAAGUCAGAAUUUUAAAGCAUUUCAGCAUAUUGUUUCAGUGCAAUGUGAUUCAGACUUAAUAGUUUUUCUUCAAACACUGUCCAGCUCUGUGUUUAAAAUAGUGUGAACUGCUUCUAAUUGUACAUUAUUUGGGGAAAGUAAAUUAUUUUUAAUAUAUGAGUAAAAUAGUCUUAUCUGCUUUUUAAUGGGUUUGACAGCAGUUCAGUUGUUACUUUCUUUUUUUUUUUAAUUGUUCCUACAUAGUAAAGGAAGUAAUUUCUAAACUGGUAUCCCAUAUGCAGAUAGGGACACGAGCUGCUUCAUUAAAUGCUGUUGAGAUGCAUCAGUUUUCAGUUAAGAUUGCAUAAAUGAUAUUUGAGCAACACCUUAAGAAGAGCAGCACAAAUUGGAUAUGACGCUAAACGCAGUAAUGACUUCUACCAAGGCAGAAGUUUCAGGAAGGUUUAAGCAAUUUCUCAGAAACGCAUUGGAUUUGACAGGUGAGGUGACCAAAAAGUAUAAAGGAGACAAGAUGAGGAAACCGUGCAUUUGUCCCAGAUGAACUUCAGUCUCUUUCUGGAGUACACAUGAGAACUCCUUGCUUUAAUGUUGACUGAGUAUAAAAGCUAGGUUCUUUUGGUACUAGAAUUAUCGAACUGCUGAGUAGCAAUAGAGGUGUGUCUUCCUUCCAAUGACUAAAUUUCAGUAUUGUGGA